ACCAAAGCCCUCUAUCAGAUUAAACUGACCCGUACCCGCUUGCGCUUUGUUGUUUUCUGCCGGCAUCUCUCGUCUAAGCUCCAGUGCAAACCAAGAAAAACAAAGUCAAAAUGGCUGAUGAAAAUGAUCAAGAGCUUUUGGAUUACGAAGAUGAGGAGGCACAAGAGACUGCUGAUGCUGGUGGAGAUGCAGUAAAACAGCAGAAGGAAACAAAAGCUAAGGGUUACGUAUCAAUCCACAGUUCAGGAUUCAGAGAUUUCUUGCUGAAACCAGAGCUUCUCAGAGCCAUUGUUGAUUGUGGUUUUGAACAUCCGUCAGAAGUUCAGCAUGAAUGCAUUCCACAAGCAAUCUUGGGUAUGGAUGUUUUGUGUCAAGCUAAAAGUGGUAUGGGUAAAACAGCCGUAUUCGUUCUAGCUACCCUUCAACAGUUAGAUCCUGUCGAUGGCCAGGUCUCUGUACUGGUCAUGUGUCACACGCGUGAGCUGGCUUUCCAGAUUGCCAAAGAAUAUGAACGGUUCAGUAAGUACAUGCCAACUGUCAAGGUUGGUGUGUUCUUUGGAGGCGUUAGCAUCAAGAAGGAUGAGCAAACCAUCAAAACAAAUUGCCCUCACAUCGUAGUAGGUACACCCGGAAGGACGCUUGCCCUUGGACGUCAGAAGAUCCUCAAUCUCAAACAUGUGAAGCACUUCAUCCUGGACGAAUGUGACAAGAUGCUUGAAGAACUUGAUAUGAGACGAGAUGUCCAGGAGAUUUUCCGCAUGACACCCCAUGAGAAGCAAGUCAUGAUGUUCAGUGCUACCCUCAGCAAAGAAGUGCGACCUGUCUGCAAGAAAUUCAUGCAAGAUCCAAUGGAGGUUUAUGUGGAUGAUGAAACCAAGUUGACACUCCAUGGUCUUCAACAGUACUACGUCAAACUCAAGGACAAUGAGAAGAACAGGAAGCUAUUUGAUCUUCUAGAUGUCUUAGAAUUCAACCAGGUUGUCAUCUUUGUAAAGAGUGUACAACGAUGCAUUGCACUCUGCUCUCUUCUGGUGGAGCAAAACUUCCCUGCCAUUGGUAUCCAUAGAUCCAUGCAACAAGACGAAAGGUUAGCAAGAUACCAAGCUUUCAAGACCUUCCAGAAGCGUAUCCUAGUCGCUACUAACCUCUUUGGUCGUGGAAUGGAUAUUGAGAGAGUUAACAUUGUCUUCAAUUAUGACAUGCCAGAGGAUUCAGAUACCUACCUCCAUAGAGUCGCUCGAGCUGGACGUUUUGGCACCAAAGGUUUGGCUGUCACGUUUGUUUCAGAUGAGGAAGAUGCUAAGAUCCUGAAUGAUGUCCAAGAUCGAUUUGAAGUCAAUAUUGGUGAACUACCAGAAGAGAUAGAUAUGGCUUCAUACAUUGAACAAGCCUAAUUUGGACAUCUGUAUUAUGAUCUAAUAUCUUCAAUCAGCCUAUUGGUGGCACUCUCUCAUGAUAUACUGGCACUCUGGAGGUUAUCUGAUGAUAGUGCUUAUUCUAUAUUUUUGUAAAUAAAUGUUUGUAUUUUCCCUGUAAGGUGUUGCAUCUGUACAAAAUCAAAUUCCACUAAAUGUAGUGAUACCAGCAGGGUUUUUUUUCACUAUGGUCUGUGUGUUGUAGAAGUGUUUUGUUCCAUGCAUGAAAGCCAGGUUUCCUUCAGAUCAUUUUUCUCAUUCAAGAUAACCAGAAAGAAGAUAUAACAAAGAGAAUGCACAAACUUGAUUGAUAGCGGAAAGUGUACACUUUGCAUUUCUACAAAUCCUCUCUUUUUUUUUUCUAAGUGAACAUUUCGCAAUUUGACUGAAGCUUACUCUAAACAAAGAAUGUGAUGGAGAUUAUGUUGUCGAAAUUUACGAAUGAAUGGAAUAAUGACAUAUCUUUCUGUGAUGUUUUCAACAAAGAAAUAUUUUUAAUGAGUUUUUCAGCUUGGAGUCAUGAAAAAUGAGCAUUUCUGAGAGAAUAUAAUAUUUUAUAUGUACAGUUACUUGAAAUAACUUUUUAAUAUGGACUAUGAGUUGUGUUGUGUGAUCAGACAAAAUUGUCCAUAAAACAUCUUAAAGUAACAUUUUCUUACAUAUUACACCCUGACACCAUUCAUCUUAGAGUUGUGAUAUAUUUUGAAUUUAGAAAUACAAGUACUGGUUUUCAAAUUUCUGUAUUUGAGCUGUAACUCUUAAAAAAUACAACUUACAAAUAAUUAAACAUUUAUUUGUACCAUUUUGAGUAAGCUGUAGUUAAUUACCUGCACUUAAUAGUUGAUAACAUUUAGUAUAAUAAAGUUUUUAGAUGGUGGCUAUGUAAAUGUCUGGAUAUGUGAGUGCUUUUGAGCCAAAGCUUCAAAUAUUUGACAUUUGUAAACAAUGUGUAUGCUACUGACUACAUGGUAAUAGUUGGUUUGAGGAAACAUACUGCACCUGUUCUACUUCUAAUCACAACUGGAUUGUUGUUUUAUGUCAUCAUAAUGAACUUAGUUUUCAGCUUCCUCUAGAUGUUGGUGCAGAAAAAAGAUGUAUUGCAGUCAAAUUGUUCAUUCUACAUUGGUAUGAUAACUUGUAGAUAUUAUGCAAACAGCUAUAGUACCUCAGAUUUGUGAGAUAAAGAGGGGGCAAACCAUAUUAUUGUACAAGUAACAUAAAUUAUGACCAUAAAUUUCAUAACUAUCAUUGUUUGGCUUUCAUGAAAAUGCCUUUCUUUUUUAAUUCUAAUCUCUGACUCGCAUGGUAAGUUAGUUCUAAAUUCCUCACUGACCUAAAAACAUUUACCAACAUGUGAACGAGACAGAAUUUUUUAAUUUGUGUCUGUGGGUAUUUGCUAAAUUUCAUGAUGUGUAAGAAGAGAUUAUCAUUUUCGUAAUAAAGUAUUGUUGAGAAUUUUA